UUGAAAAUUGAAAACAUCAUCAAAAUUCAUCAACAUUUAAGUAACGAAUCCAUAAUUAAAAAAGAGAAAAAUGCAAGCAGCGACGUCUGAAAAAGAGCAGAAUGUUGAUUUCUCGGGAGUGCCCAUCGAGGCCUUGGAAUCUUUGAGAUUGAGAUUGACUCAAUUGACACAUUCCUUGAACAAACUACAAACAGAAAUGAAGAGUGCACAAAUGUCCAAUUGGGUCUCUAUACAGAGUCAAGUAAACAUCAUUUUUACACAAUUAGCUUCAUUAUCAGCAACAUUAUCAACAUAUUCAGAGACUCUAUCCAAGACUGUUGUCUAUCCAUUACCUGAAUUCCCCACCACUGAACAAGAAAGUCUAUUAACUACAUUACUACGGAAGAAACCAUUACCUGAAGUCACUGAUUGGAUUGAAGAAUCAAAGCAAAAAUCAACAGAUAUUUUAUUAAAAGAUGAUGAAGCAUUAACACAAUGGGCUUUGAGUUCCACUGUGGAUCAACGUAAAGGUUAUGAAUUUAAAGGGUUCCAUACCAAAAAAGAAUUGGAAGCAGGAGAUACAGAAGAUAAUGACUUUAAUGUGAUGGGGGCUCCUGGUGUGAACCAAACCACUAAAUAUUCGGUCGAUGAACUACUGAAACUCAUGUAUCAAGGAACAGUUCCUGAGCAUUAG